AUGGAAGGUGAGAGCGAUAAUGAUUUGAGAUUAUCAGCAUUAUGUAAAAGCCUAGGUUCUCUUUGGUUAGCAAGUGAUGUGGUUGAGGUCUCCACCGAAAUUCCUCCUACUAAAAGGCAGGAAUGCAAUCUUACUCUCUUUGGUAAGUUGUUCUCUAAACCUAAUGUUAAUUUCCAAGCCUUUACUAACACAAUGAAAAAGGCAUGGAAAACAGAAUCAGUUGCUUGUCUGCAAAAAGAAUCAGGGUUAUUCUCCUUCGUUUUCCAGUCUGAAGAGGAUAAAGAUAGAAUUCUAAAAACAGGCCCAUGGUCUUUCACAAAUAACAUUUUAGUUCUGAAGCAAUGUGAGCCAGAAAUACCAGAGCACUGUUAUGAGUUUUCUUGCUACGCCUUUUGGGUUCAAAUGGGAGGGAUACUUCCAGGGUGGUUUAGAGAGGAUGUGGUUGCUGAUUUGGCCGAAAGAAUGGGCCGAGUAGUAGAGAUACAGAUGGAGGCUAACGGGAAUGGACCACACAAAGCAGGAAAGGUGAGAGUCGAGCUGGAUUUGAAUUCACCCUUAAAAUCAGGAGCUAUAUUGGACAUUGGGACUAAAAAGCUAUGGAUGAAAUUUAAGUACAAAUGA